AUGAACGAGGUGUUCUUGGCGGAGAGGAACGGGGCGUUGCAGGAAUCGGGGAAAAUGUCCUCUCAGAAAGGUCUCGAUGAUCAGGAAGAUCUCGAGAAUUUCGAGGAUUUGGAAGGUCUCGGUGAUCAGGAAGAUCUCGAGGAUUCCGAGGAUCUGGAAGGUCUCGGUGAUCAGGAAGAUUUCGAGGAUUCCGAGGAUCUGGAAGGUCUCGGUGAUCAGGAAGAUCUCGAGGAUUCCGAGGAUCUGGAAGGUCUCGGUGAUCAGGAAGAUCUCGAGGAUUCCGAGGAUCUGGAAGGUCUCGGUGAUCAGGAAGAUCUCGAGAAUUCCGAGGAUCUGGAAGGUCUCGGUGAUCAGGAAGAUCUCGAGGAUUCCGAGGAUCUGGAAGGUCUCGGUGAUCAGGAAGAUCUCGAGGAUCCCGAAGAUCUGGAAGGUUUCGGUGAUAAGGUAGACCGCAAGGACGACAAUAAGAUUAUUCGACGCAGCCUGGUCAACAACGAAGAAAUUGUAUUGCUUGUUCGUGAGAACAUUCCAGGAACUAUUAAAAUACUCUCGCCAGUAAAUAGAGAAACACAAGCGAAAAAUGAAAAUAGAUCUCGCAAUAAAAAAGAAGCAAAUCGAAGAAGCAAAUGUACAUUAAAUUAUGACGAUGAGGAAUUAUUAAUUUUAUCUGUUCAAGAAAAAAGACCCCUCUGGGAUUUUACUGUUUCAGUAGAACAAUGA